GCGGAAAAUAGUGAGAAGAAACCAAACCAAAAAAAAAAAAACAUUGUUUCUCUAUUCUCUUGUUCUUAUUAGUCUUACAAUGGUGACUCUUAAAAUGGAGAUUUGCAUCGAGUUGGUGAAGUUGACCGUAGAUUUCGUCGCCGCCGUUGCGGAAUCAAUCGAAGUAGCUUUCCGCCACCGUCCUCCUCCGGUGACUCAAUAUUUUUCGGGGAUGAAUGGUCGCCGUAGUAAUUACACCGCCGUUCCCAUUCCUCUCGUAGGGUUUCUAUAAUUUUAAUGUAUUCUUUCUUCUCUUAUAUAUGGUUCUUUAUAUGUUCAUCUUGUUUCCAUUGUUAUUACCGUACCUCUUGCCUCGAUCUGUCACGUUGUACUUAGGACAAAAGGUAUGAUUUGUAUCGAGAGAUCAAGAUAUGGUUUACGUACACACGUAAAUAUAUUAAAAAAAAAAGCUUAGAUACGUUCGCCGAUCUUGUAUAUAUAUAUUUUCUUUUGUUUCAAUGUACAUAAUUUAGUGUAUUCAUAAUUACUAUUGUAAUGCUCGAUUAUUUACAGCA